UCUAUGAGAAAUAAAGAAUAACAGCUUUUAUUUCUAUACUUUCACUUUGAAGUAAAAUCAUGUGACUAAAGCUCCUCCUCUGGAUUUUGUCUGUCUGAAUCUGAGCUGAUGCAAGAACACAGUGAAUUGCUCCAUAUAAAAUCACCUACUUCCUCCUGUAACAUUCAGACUGUAGUGAAUCAACUCGUCCAGUUCAGACAUAAAGUGUGACAGCUUGCUGCUCCAUCAACUACAAAAUCAGUGUCUGACCGAUGCAAUGCAGCCAGAAAGUUGUUCAGCAGGAAAACUGCGCCAUCGCUCGCUCGUCCUCGUUCACACGCUUGGGGAGGAGUUCAUGGUUCCUGGGAGCAGCUGACAGACAACACACCUAGCACAAACACAUGAACAGGGAGAAGAUGAUCUGGAUCCUUCUGCUCGUCGGCCUGACCUCCUCUGUCUGUGGGAUGUUUGUCUUGAAAAAGACUCCGACCUUCUAUCAGGCAGAGGAGGACGAUAACAUCACCAUCGGAUGGGACAGUCCCAUCAUGUCCCUCACCAUUCUGCGUUGUUUCUUCCAGUCAGAGCCUCUGAAGCUUUUCUAUGAAAUGGUUGACGGUGUGGAGUCCUCAGAGUCUCAGCAUCAGCAGUUUGCAGGACGGGUGCAGUGUGACAAAGACGUCCUCAGAGGAGGACGAGUCAGACUUCAUAUGUCCAGAGUCAGGACUGAUGACUCUGGACGUUACUGGUGUGAUCUGGCUGCUAAUUAUGACAAGAUCAGGAGAAGAUGGGGGCUAGAGACCACUGAACAUUUUGUACUGAAUGUGGCCCAGACCAAUGAUGGAGAGAGCAGUGAUGUGUCCCUCAACUCAUCAAAGUCUCAAGUGGCAGCAACUAAAGGUCAACAUGGUGCAGGACAGCCACCAGGAAGCCCAAAACAUGAAGUCAUAGCUCCACUAUUAAUAGUAGCUGUGGUUUUUGUUUCUGUAAUCUUGGCAACUUGGACAUUUCUGACAGCAUGUGCUUGUGAAGACCGAGGACAACAGCCUCAAGACCAGGAUGGACGUUACAUCGUGCUUCCGAUUGAGAUAGAAAACGAGGAGGAGUUAUUUAAGUGAGCUGAUUCAAUGUCCCCAUCCUGACCCACUCCAGAUGUGAGUGGACAUUUGGCUGAGCUGAUUUUGGGAUCCUAUUUCACUUUUUACAGUCUGGGUUCAAACUGCUAGAAUGAAGCACUAAAAUGAAGGUAAAGUUACGGUUAAUUAUCCUCUUCCCUGUCCAUGGAUGCUUGGAUUCAUCCUCACAGUAACAGCUUUAUAACAAGUGGGUUUCUAGCUACCAGAGACAAAUAUGUAUAUAGUGAGUUUGUCUUCUUUUUGAUUUAAGUGUUUUCUACGUCUCACUGAGCCGACCUGAUACAACUUGCAGAGACUUGAACGAGUCUCACACUGGACUUUAGAUCCCAAAUAGGUUUCAUUAGACUGGAAAGGCAACGUCGCCACAAGCUAACAUGACAAAGAGCAAUGUAUAUGUGGACACCAAAUGGAUUACAUUGUGCUGAUGCCAUUAUGUGAACAAAUUAUGACUCGCUACAUAGUCAAGAUAAAAUGCAUUAUCAGUGCUUAAAAGAAUCACAAAAUACUGUAUCUAUAAUCUGAGGAAACAUCAAAACAUAUCUAAAAAGCAAUGAUUUCUUUAAUAAUGUGAUCUGUUUGCUUUUAUAUAUUUAUAUAUGGAAAUGUGUCCUUUUUCAUUACUAUGCAACAAUAAUACAGACUCAGUGUGAGUAUUUCCAAAAUACUUGUUUACUGUGAUGUCCAUAUGUCAGUUUCUGCAAGUUGAUUCUUAUACACUCAAACAAGCCUGUGCUCCACUUGCAGCCAAGUUACUAAUCACACAUACUUUAUUGCAUAUUCUUACUCUAAGUAUGCUGUAAUGGUAUAUACAGUAUUUACACAUAUAGAUUUCAUAUAUUUAACACAGAAUAUUUUCAUCUCUUCUCUUUUUUGUGAGGGAGAUAAAAAGAAAUGAGGGAGAGAGGUGCAACAGUGGUCCAACUCCACAACCCUUAGAUUCUAAAUCUGAAGCAUUUGUCUUUUAUAUUUAUUAUUGUUAUAUUUCUGCAUUUUAAAUUGUCUAAAGAAAUGUUUUAAAAGCACUUCUGACUUUGUGAAGCACUUUGUAACUUAAAACAUAAAAUGUGAAAAAUAAAAAAUAAACUUUGCUAUUAUCUAA